UCUUUCUUCCCUCCUCUCCUCACUGUGACAAUGUGGCUCUGCAGCUUGUGUCAGUGGUUCAGUCUCAGAUGGAUGCUGAUUUUGAUUUUUGUAAUCCUGAUCAUCGUAAAUUUGCUCAACAAACAGGAUCCACCUCACUUCCCACCAGGACCGCCUGCUCUUCCUUUUUUUGGGAACAUCUUCAGCAUUGAAUCCAAGCAGCCUCAUAUUUACCUCACUAAGCUUGCUGAUGUUUAUGGGAAUGUGUUCUGCAUACGUCUGGGAAGACACAAAACGGUGUUCUUGUCCGGAUGGAAGACGGUGAAAGAGGCUUUAGUAUCACAGGCAGAAAACUUUGCAGACCGGCCUCACAGUCCAAUGGCAACCAGGAUUUACUCAGGAAACUCAGGUGGUCUUUUCUUUAGCAAUGGGAAGGUGUGGAGGAGACAGCGGCGCUUCGCCAUGGCCAUGUUGCGCACCUUUGGUAUGGCCAAGGGCUCCACGGAGAAGAACAUCUGUCAGGAGAGUCGACACCUGCAGGAGGCCAUGCAGAAGGAGGAAGGUAAAGCCUUCGACCCGGUGCCUCUUCUGAACAAUGCUGUGUCCAACAUCAUCUGCCAGAUUGUGUUUGGGAGAAGGUUUGACUACAGUGACCAGGACCUCCAGAGCAUGCUGAGGAAUCUGACAGACAUAGCCUACCUGGAAGGCUCAAUAUGGGCCCUGCUUUAUGAUGCUUUCCCAGCAAUAAUGAGACACUUGCCAGGGCCUCACAAUGGCAUCUUCAGCAGCUCCAGAUCUCUGAAGGAAUCCAUCCGGAAAGAGAUAGAAAGACACAAGCUGGAUCUGGAUCUAAGCAACCCACGAGAUUACAUCGACAACUUCCUUAUAGAGGAAAGACACAACAGGAACCAGGAUGUGGGAUUUGUGGAAGAAAACCUGGUUCUGUGUUGUCUUGAUCUGUUCUUGGCUGGCAGUGAAACGACUUCAAAGUCUCUGCAGUGGGGACUUCUGUACCUUAUAAACCAUCCUCACAUCCAGGACAGAGUCCAGGAAGAGAUAGACAAAGUUGUCGGACAGAGCCGCCAGCCCACCAUGGCGGACAGAACCAACAUGCCCUACACUGACGCUGUUAUCCACGAGAUCCAAAGGAUGGGAAACAUUGUUCCCCUCAACGCACUCAGGAUGGCAGCCAGGGACACAGUGCUGAGCGGUUACUUCAUACCAAAGGGGACGGCUGUGAUGCCUAACCUGACCUCUGUUCUUUUUGACAAGAACGAAUGGGAAACCCCUGACAGUUUCAACCCCAAACACUUCCUGGACGAAGACGGCAGGUUCAUAAGGAAGGAAGCAUUUUUACCUUUCUCCGCGGGGAAGCGAGCGUGUCUCGGUGAAGGUCUGGCAAGGAUGGAACUCUUCCUGUUUUUUGUCAUCUUAUUCCAGAAGUUUCACUUUUCCUCUCCGGACGGCGUUGAGCUGAGUACAGAAGGGAUAACUGGAGCCACACGCACACCACAUCCAUUCAAGAUCCUUGCAAAAUCCCGCUUUGACUUGACGGUUACAUGCGAUGAAACAUAAGCUGCAAGAUGGACAAUAGGCACUUUGUGAAAAUGCAUCUAUUGUCACUUUGGCAAAUUGCAGAAACAUCAGCAUUUUUAACUAGGCAAUGUUGAUGGAACUUUCUCCUUGUUCAGACAAAUCUAUAUGUAAUAAUUUAUCCAAUUAGCAACAUUUAUUUUAAUCAACCAUUAUCAAUCUUCUCAAACUCAUGUGACCCCAUGAUUUACUCACAAGGUUUUCGUUUUGAGAACCUGUCGACGAAUUGAGUUUAUUAUUGGAUUAAUUUCUGCAUUUUUUUUGUUGUUGUUGUUGUUAAUAGACUGAUGCUGGAUGAUGUGAUAAUUUAAUUGCCUUCUUUUAUUAGUCACGGCUUCCUUAAUAUAACCUACUGAGAAUUGACAUCUUAUUGGAAAUAAAGAAGAAUUCACUGCAAUUUUUUGGAAACGAAUUUAUUCAGCAAAAAAGCAAUAACAUUUUCUAAAAUUCAUCAGACAUUUCUUUAAUAAGUUACUCACAAACAUUUAGCGUUAUGCAUGUUUCUGUGUGCCUUCUACCUGAUUGUACAGUCUAUGUUAUUAAAUGACUAUGCCCUUAA